CAAAGCUUUCCUGUGGAGGAGCAGUUGGCCUGAGCGGUGUCCUAGGGCUGCCCGUUCUUUGGAAGUUUUGAGGCAGGUUUCUGUUGUGUCACCUGUAGCUGGCGAGCGGCCGUCCCUCUCCCCCGGCCACCUCGAUGCGGCGCUUUGCCGGGGGCCUGCAGCUGCACACCACGGACCUCGAUGACAUCAACUUAGACGAAGUUGACAAACCCAAACAGCGUGCGCCGCCACCGCCUCCGCCACCACCGCCGCCCCCCACUGUAACCCCAGCACUGCCAGCUCAUCCACCUCCUGCCUCAAAUGCCCCACGAGGCCCGGCCCUGUUGGUAACACCAGCUUCCCAGCAACUUGCUCCAAGUCCACCUACCCAGCGUCAUCCAGGGGUACCAAUAGUCUCUAAACCAGUUAUGCUGCAUCCUGACCCAAACUUCGUGGUCAGGCCAACAAUCAAAUCAGAGGCCCUGGUAAGCCUUUUAUUAUCCUUUUUCUGAGUGCUUCAGUACUGUGGGGGUUUGGUUUUGAUAUUGUUCUUUGAGAUGUCCUCAAAGAAUUAAUCUUUGUCUCAUUUCCUUAUGAAACAAAGAUUGAUUUGUCUCAUUUCCUCAUUCCUAACUAAAAUUCCUGUAUAUUUUC